GCUUCAGAGGAAAGCCGUGGGGACUUGCCGACGAGAACGGCCCAUUCUCUCUCUUUCUCCCUCCCUCUCUUUUCUCUUUUGGAGGGAAAAAGGAGGGGAAUAGGAUGCUCAGGAAGAUUGGCGGCCGUGUCGCCGGCCGGCCGAAGCUGAACAAGUCCACUGUGCCGCCGUCUAGGAAGCGGUGGAUAACGAACGUCUGCGCCAUUUCCGCGGCCGCGCUCCUUCUCCUCUCCCUCUUCCUCCUCCACGCCCGUCUUUCCACUGAGGGCGCCAACCUCAAACCCGGACACCGCUUCCGAGAUCCCGCUGUGGGAGAUGCCGAAGGGGAGGCCCUCCUUCAAGACCAGAAGAAGCCCGACGAUAUCCCCGGGGACGACUCUCAAGACCGGAUUGAUGAGUCGGACGAGCCCGACGAGAAAGAGGCGUUCGAUCGCGCGGACCCAUCGGAUCUGAGGUCAGCGUCCGGUGAUCGGAAAGAAGGCUCCGGCUACUUCUGGGACCAUGCCGUCGGGGUGUUCCGCCGGGCGUUCACCAAGGGAGGAGCAAUGGACGACGAAUGGAGCGGCAGGCUUUUUGGCAUCUCUGCGGCGGAUGAUCGGAUCAAGCUUGCGUUUGGCUCGGACGAUCAGCCGCUGGACAAAGACAUUCGUGCUCAAGUGAGCGGGAUUCGGAGGAUAGAGGACGCGCUGCUCUUGAAUAAGAAGAAGAAGAGCGGGUCGACGCCAAUGGAUUGGACGGCAUGGUCAGACAAGCUACAGAGGCAGUCGUCAAGGGGGUACUUCCCGUUGCGGGACCCGCUAUUUCGAUCUACCAUGGAAGCUCUGAACCCCUUGAAUCAUCCACUGCUUCAGGAUCCGGACUCAGCUGGAGUCACUGGACUGACGAGGAGCGAUAGAAUCGUGAAGAAAUCGCUUCUGAAUCAAAUCAAUGAGAACCCAAGGCGAGUGGAAAGGAGGAAAACGCUGGAAGAGGGUCGAUAUGCAAAUGGUCGGAGAUGGGGCUACUUCCCUGGAAUGAAACCUAAUUUGGGAUUCUCCGAGUUCAUGGAUCAGUUUUUCCGACGGGGGAAGUGUUCGAUGAGGUUCUUCAUGAUAUGGAACACGCCUUCGUGGUCAUACACAGUUCGGCACCAAAGGGGGCUCGAAAGCAUUCUUUACUAUCAUCCAGAUGCUUGUGUGGUCAUGCUCACGGAGACAAUGGAGCUCGAUUUCUUCCAGAAUUUUGUCAAGGACGGCUAUAAGGUUGCCACUGCCAUGCCAAAUCUUGACGAGCUUUUAAUGGACACACCAACCCACAUGUUUGCAUCUAUUUGGCAUAAGUGGAGAAAAGUUCCUCUUUAUCACAUCCAUUAUAGUGAACUUGUUCGCCUUGCUGUCCUUUACAAAUAUGGAGGAAUAUAUGUUGAUUCAGAUGUUGUAGUGUUGAAGCCUCUAAAAUCUCUUGACAGUUCUGUUGGUUUGGAACAUCUGCAAAAUGAGUUGCCUUCUCUAAAUGGUGCUGUGAUGGCAUUCCGGCAUCACAGUCAUUUUAUUUUGGAGUGCUUAAAAGAGUUCUUUUCCACAUAUGAUGAUAAAUUGCUCAGGUGGAAUGGGGCUGAGCUUGUCUCCAGGACAGCCGCUAGAAUUGUUAACAGAUCAGAUUAUGGUGAUCAGCAACUGCAUAUCAAAAUUGAACCAACUUCUAAAUUCUUCCCUAUAAGUUCGGAUGAUAUUACAAGAUAUUUUGAAGCACCAGAUGAUGAAGAUGAAAUAAUCAACCUGGAAGUCCUCUUUCAAAAAAUCAUAAAUGAAUCUUAUGCCUUUCAUUUCUGGCAUGGUUUGACAUCAACACUGGUCCCACAUACAGGAAGCUUAGUGGAGAAGGUUCUCAAUCACCAUUGUCUUCGUUGCCAUGAUGUUCUGUGAUAUCAUAGAGUGUUCAAUUUUUUUAGUACUCAUCAGUGGGGAAGUUCUACCAGGAAAGAGAGUUUGAAGACUCCGAGAAGCCUCAUAUAUCAGAAGUGUAGAUAAAUUUCUUGAUGAGAAAUUUCUUGUCAAGUAUGGUUCGUUGGUUUCCUGGUAGUAAAUUCGUUUCACGGUUGGGUUAAUGCACACAACUUUUCUCCACUCAGAUCGGGUGAGGUUGAAGGGAUAAGUGAACCAGACAAUGGGGAGCAAUCAUGUAUUCUAUGGCAUCAACAAAAUGAUAGUGAUGUAACUACUGAAAAUUUAGGCAUAGGAAACUUAGCAUAGAAAACCAUAAUUUCAGUGGAUGAUGGACCAAAAUGAGCAAGGUCCAAUUCACAUUUUAGAUGCAAGAGAAAAAGAACUGCGCCCAUCUGUAUAUUUGAUAUGCAAGUAGGCAGCAUCCUAGGUGGUAAUAUUGAGACUAGGCCUGUUUCCUUCAUCUUCAUAGUGCUGGAUACUGGAAUCAACACCAACAGCGAGGUUGGUGAGUUGUGCUUCUGAGGAAGUUUCUUCUUUCUUGUAUGUGAAUGAAAUUUGGAAAUGUUGUCCUAAAACACAUAUAAAUGGUACAUUUAUCCAUGCCAAAGAUGCAUUUUUUCUUAUGAAAGUUCUUUGGCUGUCUUCUUUAGUUC